AUGGAGACUUAUGGGAAGAAGAAGAAAAAUGCUCUGAUGGGCUCGUUCGCAUCUCUUAGAAACAAUCAACAAAUCAAAGCAAAGAAGAAUAGAGCUAGCAAGAGAGAGUCGAGCACGCGCCAGUUAGCGGCUUUUCACUCUCCGGCCAGCACUAAAGAACAGCAACCAGUCAGAGAAACCCCGAGUGAAGACGAUGGUGGAUCGAUAGAUGAGAUUGCCAUUAAUAAGCCACGCGAUAAACCCACAACUACCGAGAACACCCUACCACAAUUGCCCAGUCUCAAUUUCAGUGAAAAUGAGAUGUGUAUCACCGGCAAGAGCACGGUCACCGAUACUGACUUCUCUAAUGGGACCGCCAAAGCUUCAUUACACUCAAGGAAGAGUUCGGCGCCCCCUAUUCCUAGGAAAUCGUCCAAGAGACAAUCCGCGUUAAAUAAGACAUCUCGUCGUAGGAGCCCAACCAAGGAGUCUCAAACUCGAAGAUUUCCAAAAGGACCACUUCUUCGGACAUCGGGCGGCCUUGAAGAGCAAUCACGCUUAAUUGUCAGUCCUUCUGAUCCGAAUGUGAUUAAUUCUUCUGUUGCGCAAACAUUCAAGGCAAUGGAAGAACUCAAGCCAGGAUCAACAAAUACUUUGGUCGUCGAAAAAAAGAGAAGAUUAAAGGCCGGGGCUUUUCUUAAGGUCAAAAAUGUAUUACAAGGAAGCUUUCGCCGCAGAAAGAAUGAUAAUAGCCAAGAAAAUUAUUUGGUUCAACCACCCUUCGUCAACUCACCAACAAUCCAAGAACAACCUGAUAGACGCCCGGAACCACUUAGUGGCACAGACCUGGGACUUAAUGAAGUGCAAAAUUUGAAAGAAAACUCAAAGCUGCAAAAGAUGACAGGGAAUCUCAAAAUCCCCAGGAAGCCACUCAACAGUGAUGUAAGAUCUUUCCACAGUCAGAAUUCGGCACUCACAGACCCAUUUACCGAGUCACCAAGUUCAAGUGAGCAAGUUAUUCAACCUUCGACCUUCGGUAGCCAGAUGCCUGAAACUGGAUCGGCGCCGGAAUUCUCCAGUCUCGAUCGCACAAAUAAGAAUUCUUCAGCCCAUCAAAGCAACACAGACUUCGAUGAUCUGGACUCACUACUUACGUCUAGUCCCUUAGCUCAAUCGACACCAAGAUUGCGGCUAGUAUGUAACCAUACUGAUCCAGACAGAACUAGGAGAAUGUACAAAGUGGAUGCAGGCUCACCGUCUGUUCUCGACCACAACACGUUCGCCGAGGAUAGCGAAAUAUACCAAGGCAUGUUGGCGGGUAGUCCUAUCAAACCCAGAGAUCAGGCUCAGCCUGAGCACCUUCGCAAUCUUGUUCAGCACGUUGGAUUGUUAAGGGAGAAGACAGUCAACAACUUUGUCGCUGCCGUGCAAACCCUAUCCGGAUCUACAAGUGAUUCAGGCUUUGCUCCUCUCAAUCGAAAGUGGAAGAAGAACCCAUCUCCCAGCAAGGCAAGAUUGGAAGAACUAAGUAGGCGUCUUCCAUAUUUCCCCGACCCAGAACCUAUUCUCUACCGCAGCCACAAGCAUAAGGAUAGUAAAGACAUCAACAAAGCAACUUUUGCUUCACGGGAAAAGCGCAAGACAGACGAUCAAGAAAAUAAGGAGCUCUUGGAAGGACUGCUUACUUCUGAUGAAGACGAACCAAAUCCAAGUCAAGAAUAUGAAGCGAAGACAGAAGAGUUGUCACAGAGCCCACGAGCACUAGCAAGAUCGUCGGCUUCUUUGCCUCUAAUCAAUCUCUCGUCUAGGCCAAUGUCGUUGAGUCAGUCAUCCCCAACCUUUGGCGUUGAAGGUUUGGAGGUAAGAGCUUCUGCUCAACCUAGAAAUCUAAUGGACCAAGAUGACUCGAUGAUGGAUCUGGAUGAAUUACAAUGGGACGAAACUAUGUAUGAUGUCGGCAUGAGACAUUACUAG